AUGCCGAAGGAAAAAGCUUCCCGCAAAACUAAGGCUCGCAGUAUCGAAAAGAAGAAGAAAGACCCCAAUGCUCCCAAGCGUGGUCUCUCCGCCUACAUGUUCUUCGCCAACGAGCAGCGCGAAAACGUCCGAGAGGAAAACCCCGGUAUCUCUUUCGGCCAAGUUGGUAAAGUCCUCGGAGAGAGAUGGAAGGCCUUGAACGAGAAGCAGCGUGCGCCCUACGAGGCUAAAGCUGCUGCCGACAAGAAGCGUUACGAGGACGAGAAGGCGAGCUACAAUGCACAGGAUGAGGAUGACGAGUCUUCCUGA